AUGACGCUGGGGACUGAUUGGUAUAGAAUAGGGACACGCACACGGAACGGGUAUUGUCUAAACAGGAAUAAACUUGUCAUGCCUUCGAAUGGGACAAUUAGCAAAAUCAUCAAGAAUUUAGAAUCAGGAAUCCACAACGUUUGA